AUGUGGAAAAAGGCAAAAUCUACCUCCAAUGUGGACAAGAACUUCAUGACAUUAAUGUUCCCAACCUCAUUCAGCAAAGCAGGUGUGCACGCACACAGUGACGCACAGGGUGAGCUGCAGUGGUUUCAGAUGCCUCCUUCAUAUGACAGACAAACCUCCUCCUUCUCCUUCCACGAAGGAACGUACCUCGCGCGCCUGUGGAAGCUCUUGACCUUCGUCGUGGCUCUGCCUGGGGUCGGCGUGUGCAUGCUGAACUGCUACUUGAAAGCACAGCACGAGCACGAGAGACCCGAGUUUGUUCCUUACGCUCACCUCCGGAUCAGGACCAAGCCUUUCCCCUGGGGUGACGGGAACAAAACUCUGUUCCACAACCCCCAUGUUAAUGCUCUCCCGACCGGUUAUGAAGAUGAAAACUAAGACCCUGACCACAGCCAGAACUUUGGCUCUUCCCUUCUUGGACCAGAAUGUCGUGUGGGAACCAUUGUUUAAGAAACUCCACAUUCCUUCUGCGAUGAAGCUGAAUGGCGUUGUGGCCUCUGUCUGUACUUGCGUAGAGGUCCUUUAAAUAAACAGCUCUGAACUUGAA